CUCGCGAUUACCUUGGCAGACCGCUCUGAAAAGCCUCUCUCUCGCAUGAGUUGCCAGAUAAGCUCCUUCAUCCACGUUCCAUGACAUCUGCCCGCACAUUUACAGAACUCAUGCUUAUCCUCCUUAUAGCUAUUGGAAACUUUUACACAGAUGGGAGCAACAAAUGAUGCAAGUGGGGUUAACAAGCUAGCUCAUACAAGGGAGGUCGCCUGUUGCACAAAGAAAAAGCAUAGAAAAUGCUUCUCUUCUGCACUAAAAACCAAUUUACACUGCACAACGCUAAAGCACAGGGCUACUUGGAGAGGAAACGACACUAUUGGGGGCAAGAUGCUGCAGCUAGUGAAGAAAUGGCGCGAAAACGUUGGGAGAUCAGUGACAACCGCACACCAAGACUACUGAGAACAACAUGGACGAGCUAACCCAUCUCAAGUCACAGACCAUCGAUUAUGUUAAACUUGACAUUGAAAGUGGGGAAAUAAGUGUAUUCCAAGCCUUGAUGGAUAAUCCUCAGAGAUUAUUGCAGAUAAAACAGCUAGGAAUUGAGAUACAUCCCAUGAAGACCUACCACGAACUCUUCUACAACUUAUUUGUCUCACUUGAAUACCUGGGUUUCACCACCUUCGAUGCUCACCUGGUCUCUGUCAAAGGACUUUUGUACAAACAUCCGGAGUUUCCGGGUCGUAAUUUCUCUACCUGUUACGAGAUGGCAUGGGCCCAGGUGGAGAAUGUUUAUUGGUGAAGAUGCUCUGUUGCACCAAAUCUACGGAAUAAAUCACGUUAAUGCCGUUACCAAACAGUGUUGCUGUUUUUGCAACAAAACUGCAUUCAGAAAUUCAACAAUUAUGAUUACUAAA